UUCCCACACUUGCCACACUUGAAAGAGGGUCGGUGGGUGGGUUCACAAGUGUGUGUUAGUAUUUAAACACCAAAGGCAGAUUUCCUCCCCACAGUUGCGCUGCAAUCAUGGACCUGAAAAUUGUGCUGGUGGUUGUCUGUCUGUAUGCUCUGGUCAUCACGUUCACUGAAGGCAUCCCAAAAUGCUGCAUCAAAACAAAGAACAUCCCCAGAAAAGCGCUGCUGAAAGUUGAGAGAUUCGAGAUGCAGACCAGCAGCGGUGCCUGUGACAUCCCUGCACUGGUACUCUACCUAAAAAAUCAAAGGAAUCCCAUUUGUGCUCAUCCCAAGAUGAAGGCACCCAUGAUGAUACUUUUGCACAGGAUGAAACAGAGCAGGCAGAAAUCAAAAUGAAACACCUCUUCUCCAUAUACCAGUGCAUCAUGUUUCCAACUGCUGUUAAAUUUUCAUGUUUUUAAAACAACUGAUCUACUUUUCUAACUCUGUAAGAGGAAAGUAAUGUAACUUUUAAGUACUGCUUAUAUGUCCCCCCAUUUACUCCAGAUUACAAUUUCACUUUGGUAAAAAAUGUACACUUUGUCAAGUUUGAUGCAAAACUAUAUGAUUUUGUUAAAAUCAACUGUCUGAAACACUGUUUACAUGUUAGGGCAUCAAUAAUUACUAAUACUUCCACUUAAAUGUAUUUUCAACAAGGUUUUUGCGUUUACUGGGUUAUUUUAUAAUGCAGUAUGGCAGUUUUGCUCACAGUAAUGAUGCAAAUGUACUUCAACUGUUCCGUUUAUAUAAUUUUUUUUUUUUUUAAAUCUCUAAAUUGUGAUUCAUGUGUUGUUUUUCCUUGUUUUUGUUUUUUUGUGCUCCUGCAGAUGUCUAAGCUAUCAGCAGAGAAAGGUUUUGGAUACAAACUGAUGUUGACCAACAAUAUUCAGACAUUUCAGAAAUAAAUAAAGUUUAAAAAAAUAA